UAUUCCUCUUUUCUGUGCAUCCUGUGCUCUGCAGACGCGUGCGUGACAUAUCUGCUCCUGGAUUUCCCUUCAACUUUUUUUCUUUUGUUGUUGCGGUUUUUAUACUGUUUUCAUUGUCGCAUUCCAUCCGUGUCUUUGGAAUGAACUGUUUCCCCGUCUGCGUCGUUUCCAUGUCAGCAUGGGAACCGCCGUGUCCAAAAGGAAGAAUUUAAAAAACGAUGCGAUUUCCUCUGUGGCAGCAAAAGUUAGAGCAGCGCGGGCAUUUGGAGAGUACCUGUCCCACACACACCCUGAAAACCGAAACGGAUCAGCUCAUCUUCUGUGUGAAACCUUGGUGGGUCCCGACCCGGAGUCGCCAAGUGGCACGAUUGGCCCCAACAACAACAAUCACCUCCAUCCCUGCUCCAACACCACCAAGGGCUGUGAGGACAACCGGGAGCCCAGCCUGGUGAAACCCCCGCUGGGCUUACACCAGCCACCUCCCCCUUCCAUCACCAUCUCUACCAAAGCAUCCCAACUGUCCCUCGAGCGCAGCUUCUCAGCGGAGGAAGACCAGCAGAAGUGCGUCGAGUGCACCCUGCAGCCUGCCCGCGUGUACACCAUCACCACCCAGCGCGGUAUGCUGAUGAGCAGCGGCCGGGGCAGCAAGGAGAGCCUAGAACUGGACGUCCUGAAGGAGAAGUCGGGGAGUGGCGGGGUGGGAUCCAGAGGUGGCUUGAUCCAGCCUUCCACUUCCCCUUCCUCCGCCACGUCGUCUCCAACCCAGUACCACCAUGCCAGCAGCAGCCGUGGCAACAGCCACCAUCACAGAAACCAUCACGAAACUCAUCACGGGAACCAUCACGAAACUCACCACGGGAACCACCACCACCACGGCGUCUCGGGCACCAAUGCCACCUCCAGUAGUGGAGGAAGCAGCGGGGCGAGUGGAAGCAGCAGUAGCAACCAGCAGCAGUCUUUAGCAGUCGCUGGAUCCCACUCUCAUCAUGGAUCACACCACCACGGCCACCACCAUCACCUGUCUCAACCCCCACUGCAGACCUCCGUCAGCGCUCACAACAUCCGCAGCUGGGGCGAGGGUGGAAAAGGGGAGGCGGAGUGCAGCGGGCUGGCCUGCGAGUCAUGCACCAGCGCUCCCUCGCGGAGCCAGGGCUCCCUGGACCUGGAGAGCGCGUCCCGAGAGGCAGGCAAGCAGCACCGACGCCUAGAGCGGAUGUUGAGUGUGGACCGGAUGACUGGGCUGGAGAGAGGUGAGAGGGCGGAGGACACAGAGGAAAAGAGAGGCGCUGAAUCCCAAACGAGGGCGGGAGGGGGCCAGGAAGACACUAACUGGUUCCCCAAGGAAAAUAUGUUCAGCUUUCAAACUGCCACAACAACCAUGCAGGCGAUCUCGAACUUCCGGAAGCAUCUUCGGAUGGUGGGCAGCAGGAGGAUGAAAGCACAGACAUUCGCUGAGCGUAGAUCGAAGAGUUUCAGCCGCUCCUGGAGUGACCCCACCCCUGUCAAGACUGACUCUCAACAUGAACCCAGAGACAGCGGAGACCUGCAGAGCUCUUGUGGUACUUUGGAUGAAGGAGGCCAAGAUGAUAAUUUAGACUGGGAGGAGGAGAGGGAGAUGGAGAGGCUGGCUUGUGAAGGAGAUGACUUCGUACCUCCCAAAAUCAUGCUAAUCUCUUCUAAGGUCCCAAAGGCGGAGUACGUUCCCACUAUAAUCCGCAGGGAUGACCCUUCCAUCAUCCCCAUCCUCUAUGACCAUGAACAUGCGACUUUUGAUGAUAUUUUGGAGGAAAUAGAGAAGAAGCUCACAGCUUACAGGAGAGGAAGCAAGUUCUGGAGGAUGCUCAUCUUUUGUCAGGGAGGCCCCGGUCACCUGUAUUUACUGAAGAAUAAAGUGGCCACUUUUGCUAAGGUGGAAAAGGAGGAGGACAUGAGCCAGUUCUGGAGGAGGCUUAGUCGCUUCAUGAGUAAAGUCAACCCGGAACCCAACCUCAUCCACAUAAUGGGAUGCUAUGUCCUGGGCAACCCCAACGGAGAGAAGCUGUUCCAGAAACUGAAGAAUCUGAUGAGGCCUUAUUCUGUUGAGUUUGGGUCGCCGCUGGAGCUGUCUGCACAGGGCAAAGAGUUGAUUGAGAUGUACUUCGACUUCCGCCUCUACCGGCUUUGGAAGACACGCCAGCACUCCAAACUCUUGGACUACGAGGAAUUUUUGUGACAAAGAAACAUGGAUAAUGGGCGCAGCGGAGCCCCCCAGUGCCACGAGGAACCCAUUUAAAACCGGUCCAAUGACCAAUGAACAUUGCUCAACUAUAGUGCUCGACCCGUCAACUCAAUAUAAAAACAGUCAUACCUGCUUUCAUCCUGGAGAGGACUGGCAGAGGAGGAGGAGGAGGCUGAAGACAAACUAAAUUAUGCUGUGCCUCAGCUCCUCCUCAUUUCAGGAUCAAAGACUUACAAAAAGGGCCGAAAUAAUACACGUAAAAUAAAUAAAAAAUGAGGAAAAAGAGGAGACAACUGGGCUGUCCACCUUGUAGUCACCAACUCCCUUUGCCUCUUGAAAGCAAAAGGAGAAUCAAAAAUUCAAAUGUGUAAAAAUGCAUCAUUUUAAUCACCCCUCUAUUUUUUGAGGCUAAAGUGCUUCAGAAAAAUCGCUGAAAACUCAUUCUGCCAUAAUGUGGUUCUGUGUUUUGACUGGACCUCUCAGAUGAUCUCAGACCCCAGAGACAUACGUAUACAUAAUUAAUCCAUAUGUCGAUGUGUGUAUAUACCACAUGAAUAUAUUAGCAUAGCUUUAGUCAAGCAAAUAAUACUCUGUAUGAGAAUAAUGAUGCAUCAUUUAUUUUUGAUGUGCAUUGUUGUGCAGUUUCAUAUGGAAAUACUUUGGAAUAACUCAGGUUUUAGCCAUGAAGUAAUUCAUCCGUUUGCCCAUCCUAUCAAGAUAUUGUAAUCUUCAUCACCAUCGCUUGGAAUGAAUGUAUUACCUCUUUGGAAAUGUAUCUUCGGUUUGAGGAAUUGAGCUUCAUGUUUUGGUUUAAAAACAAAAAGAAAAAGAAAAAGUGAUGAUUUUGUGUGUGUGAAUGGGUGUUUUCCAUGUAAAAAAAAGAAAAGAAAAAAAGAAAACAUGCAGAUGUGUUGAGUGUAUUUUCUCUUUCUGCUCCUUUGUUAAAGCAAAAAUAAUUGUUUGUCACCUUCACCUGCCAUUCUUUCUCCCAUACGCACAAACACAAAGACAGUCUUGCAUGAUUCAUGAUGUCAAGAGGGAUGUAACAGCCAUCCACGAGCUCCUGCCACUGCAGUGUAGGAGUUGCCCUAUUGAUCGCUCCAGCUCUUUAGCGGAAGGUUCGGGCCACUUAGUUGGCCCCUGUCAACGGCGCCAGCUGCUCUCACUAUCUGCCAAACACUCUUGGCUUCUCUUAAUGGCAGCCAGACGAGCUUCCGCCACCUCGCACUUCACUGGGCUGUGUUCCAGUCUGAGUACUCGAGUUCGAUGAAUUAAACAGAUAUGCCAUGGGUUUAAGCUAAUAACAGCCUUCUGCUGGCACCUGGCGGUUUAAAGGCCAGAAAUAUGCACUGAGUGUGUGUCUGUGUCCGAGACCGUUGCACCGCCUGAGUGAUCUGAGCGCUCUCAUGUAGAUUACGGAUGGUGAAAUGUGGAGAGCAGCCACUGAGCCGACUGCUGGACAACAAUCUGAAACAUUGCACACAGUGCUCACACACACACACACACACACACACACACACACACACACACACACACACACACACACACACACUCACUAACAAAAACACUGGGGCUGAGACGAACAGACAUUUAAGAAAUCAAUAAAUCAGGUCAAAAUUAAAGAUCCACAGAUUUUACAAAUGAAGGUCAUCAUGAGGAAUACUACUCAGCCUGUGAAAACAUUUAUAUGAUGUCUUCUGUGUCAUUUCACCUUCAGCUUGAGAUGCUUACCAUGCAUACUAUCAAGCUGUAGGACUUUGGGGCUCGAUUUAUACAAAGGACUAAAAGUCUCUCAAUCCCCCAACUUUAUUGAAAUGCAGAACUAAAUCAUUGAUGUAAACUGGGGGCAGUGACACUCCAGAAGCACAGAAAAUGUCCAUUCUCUCGUUUUAUUUGAUCUCUCAGGUUGACAUGUUUCUGCUCUGAUUGGUGUUGGGCUGGUGUAAAAAAUGUCAAACCGGUUUCACAUUAAGCCAAACACCAAAUUUGACCACUACGUGUCGCACUUGACUCAGCAGCCGCUCCAACAAAACUCGCAGGAGCCACCUUAAAGAGGUCUGUCCACCUUAAGUGAGCCUGAGACAAAGCUGUCGCUAACUUCAGGAGUUUUUAUUCACCAAGAAAUAGCCUAACCAUGCACACUGCACUGCUGCGUUCACAGCUAUAACGUUACUGCUAACUUCAUACUUGAGUUAUUCCUCAAAUGAGUUUGCUUCUUGUAUAACACAUCUUUGUAAAAAAAAAAUAUCUUAAAAAUCAAACAUUUUAAUACAAAACCCUGAAAAAAACACAUGAACCUUCUAGUAAACGAACAUAUUGUGCACAUCUGCCCACUUCUAAUGACAUUUAACCUCCUUCGUGUUGCCGGCCUCGGCUCUGCAUUAAUGGCUUUGUUAGUCCUUUACAAACAAAAACAAUAUUGAUGCAUUGCUGUCGGCAUGGUUGCCGAUUAAGUCUUCUUUUUAAUUUGCCAGAACGUGUCAUAAUAACAAAUGCCGGUUAAAGCUUGAACACCACACCAGAUGUGCAAAACCAUAAAAUCGACCCAACUCUAUCUCUGAUGGAGGCAGAUUUGCCUAAAUGCCUUAUAAACUGAGGUCAGAGUAUUUAGCUUGUGUGCUUGUAGAGUGCUGCAAUCCCAGUUGUUACGCGUCCAUACCUUCUAAUGACACGCUGCCGCAUUUUAGCCGUAGUUUUACGAAUGUGGCAGCGAUCCAAGGAGACACUGCUAAGUCACGCCACGGCUCACUGCUCAGCCAAUCACAGUAGUGUCCCACAAUGACAACGGCCCCCUGAAUGUCAGUGAAACAUCACUGCAGAGCAACACUGUUGAGUGCGAUCUCAAACCAGUCAUUGAGUGAUUGGCAGAAAGUUUACAGAGUGUACAAAACACACACACACACACAUUUGCAAACACAGGCAAAGAUACUCUACAUCUGUGUACGGUAAAUACUUUUCCAUUUGUCAUUAUUUGUGUGGAUGUGUUAAUAUUUGGAGCACUAUGUGCAGGCUUUUUUUUUGUUGUGUUAAAGUCAACCAGUGUCACUGGAGUGCUCUCUAUCUCUCUACAAGCUGAACUCUGCUAUGUAUUUGCUUUUGCCCUCUCUCUGACAUUGCAGCGCUGGCCUACAAUUUGUCUGGCACAGACAAGUGCUCUCUCAGCCUGAGUCACGAAGUACAUGUUUUCACUCCAGAUUAAAAAAAACCCGACACCUGUCACAUUUCAUUGAGCCAUGUUAAUUCCAGCAGAAGCAUUAAGCUACCGAGUUUUAUAAAGAUUUUGCCCUCAACAGCUGCUGCUGCUGCUGAAUAUUUCUUUCUGAACGUUACACCCCAGGUAUAAUUUUCAGAUCAGAGACAUGGACGAUUUAAAAACAAAGCAGCGAUGUGAUGGAUGCAGUCGAUUCAGAAAAGUGUUUUUCUUAUGCCAUAGAAAACAUGACAGAAAUAAAAUCUCAUAUCCAGUCUAUAAAGAAAUUGCUAGUCAUCCGUCUUCUGUUUGAAUUUAUGGGGCUGAACUGACCGUGAUGUGAAGAGCACUCUGACUCAGGAGUUUGAGAGAGCGUUCUCGUUUUCUUCUUCAGCAAAAAACAUUUCACCGGAAAUCUAAUUAAAGAUGCAAAUGUGUCUA